UGCAAUAUUCAUUUCUUGUGAACGCUUCAAAACAAACAGUCCAGUACCUCCUUUAUAACCCUUCAGUUAAUUCUAAUAUCUGAUUGUGCAAUUUCCUUCUAUUAGGCUCCAUAUAAAUGUCCUCUAAAAUGUUGGAUUACCUUUCAUUGGCUUUUGUUGUUGCUGUAAAAGUAUUUAAAAAAACUACUCCAAAUGGAAAAGUCACUGUUUACCUUGGCAAACGCGACUUCAUUGAUCAUAUGGAUUACUGCGAUCCCGUCGAUGGAGUUGUGGUGGUCGAUACCGAAUAUCUAAAAGGAAGAAAAGUUUAUAGUCAGCUGGUGACAACCUACCGCUAUGGUCGGGAAGAGGAUGAAGUGAUGGGAGUGAAAUUUUCUAAGGAAAUGGUCAUCGGACAAGACCAAGUCGUGCCUAUGGUGAAUGCUAAAAUGGAAUUGACUCCAGUCCAGGAAAAAUUACUAAAGAAGCUCGGUCCCAAUGCUUACCCUUUUACAUUCAGCUUUCCGGAAAUGGCACCCAGCUCGGUAACACUGCAACCUGCUGAAGAAGAUCAAGGUAAACCAAUGGGUGUCGAAUACUGCGUAAGGACUUACGUUGCUGAACAGGAAGACCAAAAAAGCCACAAAAGAAGCUCUGUUACACUGGCUAUUAAAAAGCUACAACACGCCCCGAUAUCUCGCGGACGUCGCCUCCCAAGUUCUCUUGUGAGCAAAGGAUUUACUUUCAGCAACGGAAAGAUCACUCUUGAAGUGACCCUCGACAGGGAAAUUUACUACCACGGGGAGAAACUUGCUGCUAAUGUUAUAAUUUCAAACAACUCCAGAAAAUCUGUCCGAAGCAUCCGUUGUAUUGUUGUACAGCAUGUCGAGAUAACUAUGAUCAACUCACAAUUCAGCCGUCAUGUUGCUUCCUUGGAGAGUCGUGAAGGAUGCCCAGUUACACCUGGGGCUAGCUUAUCCAAAACCUUCUACUUGGUUCCUUUGGCACGCAAUAGCAAGGAUGUGCGCGGUGUGGCAUUGGACGGUCAUCUGAAGGAAGACGACGUAAAUCUGGCUAGUUCCACUCUGGUUGCCGAGGGAAAAUGUCCGUCUGACGCCAUUGGUAUCGUUGUGUCCUACACAGUGCGAGUCAAGUUGAAUUGCGGAACCCUUGGAGGAGAGCUUGUUACUGACGUGCCUUUCAAACUGUUGCACCCUGCUGAAGGCACUGUUGAGCGACAGCGUUUUAACGCAAUGAAGAAGAUGCAGUCCAUUGAAAGACAUCGCUACGAAAACACACUUUAUACCAACGAAGAAGAAGAUAACAUUGUUUUCGAAGACUUUGCGCGUCUUAGAAUGAACGAGCCCGAAUAAAAAAAGGAUGAUAAAUUAACAAAAAAAUAGUAAAAGCAAAAAAAAAUAAAAAAAAAUAUGUAAUCGAGCAAGGUGAUAAAACUGAUUCAUUUCAUCGAUACAUCCUGUUUCAUUCACAUAUUUAACACCAAUAUGAAUCAUUGUAGAAUAGAUAUUUUAAAUUGAUAAACCCUAAAGAUGUUUUAAAGUAUAAUAAUGUUAUCAAUUAAAUUAUUAUAUGUAACCAAAAUAUUUUUAUAUUAGCAUAUCAUUAUAUAGUAAUUUAAUUUGGCUUACCUUUCCAAAAUGUUAUCCUAAUAAAUAACCAUCACCAGAAAAA